AUGGCCUCCCUAACCUUCUGUCUGUUCGCUCUGAUUCUGGUCGCGUUUGUCGCCGAAACCACCGCUCAAUACUACGGCGGCUACGGUGGCUAUGGCGGCUACAGUGGCUACGGAAACUACGGAGGAUACGGUGGGUACGGAAGAGGGUAUGGGUAUGGAUAUCCGUCGUAUGGCUACAACUACGGGUACUACGGAAAGAGAGCCGCCGGAUUCAUGGAGAAAUUGACCGCCAACCAACACUAA